UGAUGUUUUUUGCUUUUGCCCCCCUCUCUCUCUCCUACUUCCAAAACCCUUGUUCACUUCUCCAGUUGCCAUUGCUGCAACAGCUAUCUCAUAUUGUCCCGAAGAAUGGAAUGAUAUUGCGGGCUGAUACGCUUCCAUUCUUUGCUUAACGAUGAAGAUGUCAUUGGUUCGACCUCUCUUGACAAAGCGAGGGUUCAGCACAAGCUCUGAGAACCUUGUUGCUUCUGUGCUCUUUGAGAGACUGCCAGUGGUCAUUCCCAAAAUUGACCCUGUAGUCUAUGCAUUUCAAGAAUUCUCGUUUCGAUGGCGACAACAAUAUCAACGCAGAUAUCCUGAUGAAUUUCUAGACAAAUCUGAUGCAAGGGGGAAAGGUGAUUAUCAGAUUGACUAUGUGCCAGCACCACGAGUCACUGAAGCUGACAAAAACAAUGAUCGAAGGUCAUUACAAAGAGCUCUUGAUAGAAGACUAUACCUUCUCCUCUAUGGUAUUGCAUAUGGUGCUCCAAGCGGGAAGCCUGUGUGGCAUUUUCCUGAGAAAGUUUAUGAAUCCGAGGACAACAUGCGCAAGUGUGCAGAGUCUGCAUUGAAGUCAGUCUUAGGAGAUCUUUCUAAUACAUAUUUUGUUGGAAAUGCUCCAAUGGCCCAUACGGUUGUUCAGCCUACAGAAGACCAGUCUAGAUCCACAUCUUUUAAGAGAUUCUUCUUCAAGUCUCAAGUUAUUGCUAAAAACAAAUUCAACAUUGGAAAAUGUGAGGAUCAUGUCUGGGUGACAAAGGAUGAAUUGAUGGAGUAUUUUCCCGAGCAAGCUGAGUUUUUGAACAAGAUGAUCAUUAGCUGAUGACAAUGGAAGACAGUUAAUUCAGUUGAAAUUAUUGCAAGCUCUGAAUAACAAUGAAGGACCUUGAAAGAAGAUCAAGCUAUCAUAGUGUUUCUGGGCAUAACUGAGGUUUUUCGAUUGGAAGCUACACUUAACAUCUCAAAUUUGCCCAAUUUUGUUGACAAGUCUGUUUGGAUAUCUAUCUUAGCAGUUCACCACCAAGUUUUGUUUUAGAGUUCAAAGUAAUACUUGUUUUCCUGAGUUCCCGAGAAUGUCUCCACAUUUUUGGUCUUGAACAUUAGUCGCGGUUGCCUCCACAUUAAGUUAUAUUUUAAUAAUUUUUUAAUUGAAAA